GUCGGGUUGGGUUCAGUCGUGGCCCGUCCACCGUCACCUCGACUGCACCCGCCUGGCGCAUCCGCCCCGCGCCACGCCGCGCCACGCCGCGCCACGCCGUGUGUCGCAGUAACACGACCGCAGAGUGUCACCGGCCCGACAACGCCCCCGCGACACGCGCGUGCUGCGACAGUGAGGGCACGGCGGAACAUGUAGUGCGGUCCUCGCGCGGCCCCGCCCCACCCCGCCCCGCCACGCCCCGCGCGCCGGCCCGGCAGCAGUGCAGUGCAGUGUAGUGCGUGUGUGUGUGUGUGAUGCGUGCGCGGGCACGCCCCUCGGCACGGCCUACAGCGAGGCCCACAGCGCGCCCUGCGCCGAGGAGGGCUUCCAGUGCGACGGCGAGGAUGGACCGCCUGUGAGGCAGACCGACGACGCCCCGGCCUUCCCCCCAGGCCCCCCCAGGCCCAUCCCGGAAUUGGAUUAACCACUGUGUGCGUGCGUCCCGUGUGCCGCGAGGAGUGCGCAGCGCCGACUCCGCGGUGAAGAAGUUGUAACAGUGCGUGUUUUGUGCACCGAGAUGGCCGUCCGGAUGGAGAACGCCGCGAACCAGCAGCGGAAGAUGAACUACAAGAUGGUGGGCGCGCCCCCGCGGCCGGGCUACGGCAACGCCAACGGACUGGCGCCCGUCAACAAGGGCCCCCGGGGGCCCCCCAACAGCAUGAGCUCGCCGGGGCCCCACCACGGCCAGAACCACGCCGGCCAGAACCAGUACGGCUCGGGGCGCGUGCCUUCAGCGACCUCGCCGGCCAACACCCACAGCUCCUCCAGCUCCAACACCGGCUCGCACAGCGGGACCCUCAGCACCAGCCUCAGCAACCACCUCAGCGUCGGCGGUGACCAGCUCAGCAAAACCAACCUCUACAUCCGCGGCCUCAACCAAAACACAUCGGACAAGGACCUAGUCACGAUGUGCCAGCCGUACGGAAACAUCAUCUCAACGAAGGCGAUCCUCGACAAAAAUACUAAUAAAUGUAAAGGGUAUGGGUUUGUGGACUUUGAAUCAAGCCAAUGUGCUGAAGCCGCAGUCAAGGCUCUGCAAGCCAAAGGAAUCCAGGCGCAGAUGGCUAAAGUGGGUAUCACGUUGCCGCGUAGACCAGCCAGUGUACGUUCUGUGCAUCAACAGGAGCAGGACCCAACAAAUCUCUACAUAGCCAAUCUGCCAUUGAAUUAUAAGGAAAAUGAUGUUGAAAACCUGCUGUCAAAGUUUGGACAAGUUAUUUCAACUAGGAUUUUGAGAGACCCCCAAGGGCAGAGUAAGGGUGUAGGCUUUGCCAGGAUGGAUUCUAAAGAAAAAUGUGAAGAAAUAAUCGAUAUGUUCAAUGGCCAUCUCUUGCCAGGAGCAAAAGAUGCAUUGCUAGUUAAAUUUGCUGAUGGUGGAAAUAAGAAAAGGAGUAUGUACCGGCCCGACCAACGUAUGUGGCGCGACGGUAGUGAAGGUGGAGCAAUUAGUUAUGAAGCCAGCGGAAUGGCUCAAAAUGGACUUGCUGGUCAAGCUAUUCUACCCACCACAUUUACUCAUAGCUAUGCAAGACAAUUUGGACCUGUACAGAGCUAUUCUUUGCCUGCUGCUCCAUGGAUGACGUCAGUUCAUGGUGGGCCGCAGUAUGUGAUGCAGCCUUCUCCUAUGACACAAGUUGAGAUGAUGCCAUCCGACCCCAAUUCAGUGCAGUAUGGAUCGAUGAUUCCUCCUCUAGCCACACAGAUGCAGACAAUGCAUAUUGGUACUGCUCCCUCGUAUGUUAGUCCGUACCCAUAUUACCCUCAUUCGAUCAUACAUACUGUGAUCCCAGACUCAGAACACACAUCUAACACUGCAUCUCCUGAUGAUUCGUAUCAGACCUAUCAGCAGCAGCCUAAAUAACUUUAGACUUUAUCGUUAGUAAUUUUUUUCAUUCUCAAGCAACAGUGUAUGAACGGGAAACAAGGCAUCAAAUGGGAGAAGGAAGCACUUGAAAUUCAUCAGGCUACAACCGCUAUGAACUUUUAAGUCUACUGCAUUUUAAACAAGUCUCUCAAACUAAUCACUCUGCUGCUUCUAUUGAAGCUUUCAAUAUUGAAUGGUGCAAGUUGCAAGUAUGUACAGCGUACAGCAAGGCUACAACAGCCCCAACCGAAUUGCAACAUAUUGCAGUUACUCCAGUGGAAUACAGAAACAUCUUAUCUCUCGACAUCACAGCAGCUCGCUAGCGCAUUGCGCUUAUGCACAACAAAAAUAAAAGUUCUUCAUUGUUUUUUUGUUUUGUUUUCUAAUUUUGCCUAAAGUUUGUAAGAGUUUUAUUUUACCUCAUUGAUUUGUGAUUGAGAUUGCAAGUUUUAUCUAAUUUUAUGGUAGUAUGUACCACUUUGUUCAAAACUAGUGUCUGAGCGAUUAUUAGUUGUUAUGAAUUAUUGUUACAUCAAACAUCAAGCAUGUCUGCCUCAGUGCGCCAAACCAAUUCAAAUUUUCAUUAUAAUCAUGUCAGUCUUGAGGGAUAAUUCAAUUAGAGUUAACAAUUAAUGAAAGCAAUUUUUUAAAUUUUUUUUAAUGGAAACAGAUGUAUGUGCCAGUUUUUAUUAGUCUUGGGCAUCAUCAUCAGUACAGAAUCUAGGAAAUCUUGUUUACUGGAAUUGUUGACUAUCUGCAUGGAAUAGACUAUUGAAGCUGCUCAUGAUGCAUCAUUUGUUGAUUAGUAUUGGCAUGUAUUUGCCAAAAUAUUUCUGACUUUCUUUUUCUUUUAAUGUUUGAGACUAGAGUGAUUAUUGACACAAAAACCUAUCAUGAUUGUUUGGAAAGAAAAAUUGGGUGAAUCAUUUUGUUGGUUAAAAUCAGUGCUGUUAAACUUUCUCCUAUGGUCUCUCUUUUGGUCAACAGAACUCCUCAACAAUUUCAUUGUAUGGGAACCAGUGUGGUUUUGCACCAUGUUAGUAGAAGUGAGAUGCAUUACAAGUAAUGAUUUUGAUCUUUUGUUUAUCAACGUCAUUGUGUUUAAAUUCUAGCAGAGGCUUAGCUGGAGGAAAAAGCCUGUAUCCCAUCUCUGUUACUGAGAUCAACUUCUGGUUUUGCGAGUUCCAAUUUUAUUGACCUGCAGAAAUUGAUAUUGCCAGACACUGCUUUUAGCUUCAUUCUAGUUUUGUGUGGCUUCAUCUUGUCAUGGAGGAAUCUUUAGCUUAUGGACCUAGCUCUGUUUCUGUUGAUCUUUUUUACUAAAAUUCCAUUCUAUGGCUAUCAAUGAUUGGAAAAGUGAAGCUUUUCUUUUACAUUCCAUAGUAGUUUUCUCUGAAUACCAACCUAGAAAAGUUAUGUUGUCAAAAGUAAUCUGAGAAGGUUGAUAUUUAUUUUUUUAUAUCAAAGGAGCGGAAGCAAAGACUUCAUUAAAAUUGUAGCAAUUCUUCUUUGACUUUGGGAAUAUUAGUGUCCUGUUUGACAUUUGUUAGUAGUUAAAUUGAGUUUUAUAAAAUAGUGCCUUUUUACCAAUGACCAUCUUCAGCAGUUACUGAUGGUUACUGGCGGUGGUACUGGUGAUGUCGGACCCGCCUCAGUUUCAGACUUCCAAAAUAAAACAGAUGACAAAUGGUGAGGCGGAAUUUCUCAACUCUGAUGAUCAUCAAAAUAUUCUCCACAUUUCUACUUUUCCUAAUAGACUGAUUUUUAUCAAACCAAAUUUACUUUGCUCAGUUUUUUUAUAUAAUUUUUGUUUUGUUUUGUAUGUGUUUUUUUUUUCCAAUAACAUUUACCUACUCUUUGUUAUUUGGUGAUUUGUGAUAGUUGACUGUAUUUGUCAAGAAACAGGCCAAGAAUAAUUGUCGGCACCGUUAGGAAACUUUAGCAUGAUGCGAGUGAGCUACUGUCAGCCCACCUAGAGUAGAGCUAACAUGUAAGCUUUUUAAUAUUCCAAAUGUGAGAAAUAUUUUACACUGUUAAAAUCUCAAGAUACUUAGUUUAUUUUGAUACGCCUCACUUUGAUGUCAAAGUGGUAAAAUAAGAUAUUUUUUAGAAUGAACUAUUAUCCCAAAACUAUGACUUGAUAUUCCAAAGAAAAUGAAAUAGCGUGUUGUUUUCAAGUGUCAUUCACUGGAGGUAUUUUUUCAACUUGAUGAUUUUAGAUGUUCAACAAGGCUGGAGAAUAGAAAAAUGAACCAGCUGCACAUGAAAACAUGGGCACCAUGUGCUCUUUGAUCCCAAAUGUCUUAAAUUGGACUUAAACAGUGGCCCAAAUGUACCAUUGUAGCAGAGAGAAUGUGCAAAGCUAUGGGACUAUUGUUGUGCAAUUUUAAGGUUUAUCCGAUAACCGAAAGUUGCACACAAAUGUACCACUGCUGGUUGAAGUAGUCUUCUCUUAUCAACAUGAGCAAGUAGCAUUGCUGCAGCAUGUGAGUUUUUUGUUUCUUAAGAAAUGAUUUAUUGUACAUUCUUCUUAGAUUUAAGUCUUUACCUCAUUUCCCCUUCCUAUGGAAUAUGUUUUCCCAAUUUUCCUCUCCUAGCUGGUUGCGAGAGUGAUUUAGAUCUUGUAAGGUAGUAUUUCUUGAAGCAUGAAAAAUGUUAAAAAAAAUCUUCCUAGGAUUCUUAGGCAGUAGGUAAAAAAUAAAUCAAAGAUGAUGUUGAAGUGUCGUUUCUUUUAAGUAGUGGUUAGUCAUUUACUAUAGGAUGAUCAUUUUAGGUUAAGAUUGUAGUUUGUAGAUACUAGGAUUUAAAAAAAAAAAUAAUUUUGUGGUGACUCAUUCUGAGUAAGAAACUAAUGAUGUGUUCUGUAGAGUGAAGUAUUAUGGCACGGGAUAUCUUUUAACUGUGGAUCUUUCAUCUGGACGGGGAGGAUUUUUUAUUCCUUCUUUUCCUCCCAGCCUGAGUUGAACCUCUAGUCGUGCUGCAGAUGAUAUCUGUCUAGGAAGCAAGCCGUGCCUUGCCAUUUCCUUUAGAACAGUGAAUCAUGCUUUCCGCUUUGCAGAUUUCUCCUGCAGUGCAUGUCCAUUUAGUAUGAUUUUAUUUGUUUGAAUGUUUCUUGUUUUGGUCAUGUGAAGACCACAUUUUGAACAGAGCUGUUAAAUACUUUAUUUUGUUACACCACCGUUUUCUCCACGAAACGAAAUGGAUUUUACAUGUUGUCAUAUUGUGAAAGAGGUUUUACAAAUAGUGAUAAGAAAUUGAUCUUUUUCCUUUUAUGAUAAAUGGAAAAAUGAUGUCUGAAGAUAAGGGCAGUUACCAGAUGUCCUGUUAGAAUUGAGAAUUGAAGAAAGGAAAACCAUAGGGUUUAUUUCAGAAUGAUUUUUUUCCUUAGAAAUCUAGUUAGUUUAUGUAGAAAAGUAGGGAAAAAGCUUCUCGUUCAUUUUGUUUUAAUUCAAGAACAAAUUAAAUGAAAUGCCAGGUUUCCUUUUUUUUUUUUUUGUAGGGAAGUUCCUUGUAAAUAUUGUAUUCAACAUUUUUUGAGCCGUAUCGAUUAUGGAGUAAAGCAUUGAACAAAUGGUUUGAAGAAUGAUGUGUAAAAUUGGUGCAUUCCAGUCUUCCCAAUUUAAGAAAAUGUUUUGUCUGCUUUAACUUGAGGGAGGAUUAAGUUAUGAAUGGAAAUAUCAGGAUGAGUGAGUAGUGCCAGUACUGGUGCUGUGACAAAGAUUAGAUAUUAAAGAGUGACUGAUUUUCAGUGUGACAUCAAAGUGUGAAGUUUGAGACAUUAAUUCAAACUUUGCUGUUGAUGAAAAAGGAAAUGGAGUGUGUGCUAAAGUUGGCAGAACAAUGUCAAGGACGAAAGAAGUAGUGUAUAUUAAGUUGUGUGAUGUGCUGUGAGUAAGUGUGACUGAACAAAUGUUGCUACAAGAUGUGUAUGUGCUCAGAGUUUCUUGUUGUUUUUCUUCAACUGCUCUAUUUCCUGACGAUAAUACAUUCUUUUUUAAUUUUGCCAAAAAUUCACUUUUAUCGCCAGUUAGCGUGGUAUGCAACUACAAUGUUUAUUUAUUGAUGAGUUAAGUUGCUUGUUUUGUAUAGCUGGUCAUAUUGAUCUGGAAGUACAUAAAAGAGUAAAAAAAUUCAAUCUUGUAGUUUGGUGGCGAAAGAAAGAAGAUGACUGAGAGCUUUUACUAAGAUUUAAGGCACUGCAAUAUUUAUGUAGAUAAAAGCAGUGUGACUUCUUUCCUCUCCACAAAUCAAAAGUUUUUGCCAUAAACAUAAUUUAUCUUUAAAUUACAUAGUGUAAUCUAGCUACUAAGUUAUGGACUUCCAGACCUUUUUCAUCCAAAGAGUACCCAGCUAUUUGUUAAUGAUUUAUCAAGUUUUCACUUUUUCUUCCUUUUCUGUCAGUAGGAUUUAGUUUGUACUUUCUUUAUCUUCACUCUCAUUGAUUUGAUGCUAAAUGAGUAAACGUUAAUUUGUACAAAAUGUUUUUUAUGAUCUUUGAAAUUUGAAAUUUUAGAAUGAAUCCUUUAUCAAAAGCACUUAUGAACUAUAGCAAACAACUGUAAAUAUUGUAGAUUUCACCUCUUUUCUAUCUGAUUUGAUCUUCUCCUGUUUUACAUAAUCCUGUUCUCUUCAAAACUUCCAAUAAUUGAUGUAUUAUGGAGACUCUCAGAAAUUUUACAGUAUACAUAUUUCUCUGGUCUACUAUCAGCUUGAAAGGCUCUGCUAAACAAGAAGCUCUGGUCACUUUGAGAAUUCCCUAUUUAAAUGAGAAUCUGUUUGUGUGAUUAGUGUGGUUGUAGAGAGAGAAAGAAAGAAUGACUGAAAAGUGGAAUUGUUGAGAUUUGUCUGUAGCUGUAGGUCUUAAUUAGAUUCCUUGUCUUUUGUGCUCUUGAAGCAGAAUGAAGCUUUUCAUUCAUAAUUUCAUCAUUCAUCGACUCAUUGAUUCAUGAAUUCAUUCAUUAAAUGACGAAGACAUUUUAACUCUAUCAACGAGUUUUUUUCUGGAUAAGAAUCCGAAGUAAUAAAAAUGUGAAGCGAU